AUGGCUAACGCAACCCGCACCCCCAUCCGCACCAAUAAGGCCCCCUUGCCCCCGCGCUUCCUCUCCCAGGGCAUCGUGGUCGGCGACAUGGUCUACUGCUCCGGCCAGCUCGGCGUCAACCCCGCGACGGGCAAGAUGGUCGGGGGACCGAUCCAAGCGCGAACGAAACAAAUCCUACAGAACCUCAACGCGGUGCUGGAGGCCGGCGGGUCGAGUCUCCACGACGCGGUGAAGGUGAAUAUCUUCCUGGCGGACAUGAACGACUUUGCGGCUGUGAAUGAGGUCUAUGAGACGUUUUUCGAGGAUCCGAAGCCGGCGAGGACGUGUGUUGCUGUCAAGACGCUGCCGCAGGGGUCGGAUGUUGAGAUUGAGUGCUCGGGUGUUGUGACGAGGAGGGUGAAGGAUUCGCGUCUUUGA